AUGCUUCAAGUCCUCUCCAGUGACGACCUGUAUUGUAUUCUGGGUGUCCCUAGGUCCUCAACAAUCGACAGGGUGACCAUAAGACGCGCCUAUCUUUCUCGAAGUAGGGCUUGUCAUCCAGACAAAUUUCCUGGAAAUUCUGAUGCGACGUCUGCCUUCCAAAAGGUCUCCGUUGCAUACGAUGUCCUCAGCAAUCCGUCCUCGAAACGCACUUACGACUCCCGUCCUGCAUACUCACACCCCAAAUAUGACUUCUUUUCCCAGUCCUCGCCCCAUGCGGACGAAACAUUGAAAGGUGUCCUCUUGAGCGUCUUCAGCGAAUUUCUCGAAGGUGAUUUCGAGAUGAUACGCACAUUACUCAGGGCUAUCGGUGACCUAAACCCAUCGCUUGAAUUGGGUGACGACGGUGUAAACUCUGUUCUUUCGGUCCUCCUGAGUGUCCGCGAACGUGUCUUAACCUGCCGCACCUGCGUUGUUGCCCUCCACGGCGAACUCUGUCGCGCCCUCGAGAUACAAAGCGCCUUCCGCCAGCUUCCUUACUUUGAUAUUGCUGGUAGAUCACGGCUCACUAUCAAACUAACACGCAUCACCAUCUCCCUACCUGUUAUCCUCGAAAAUGCCAUGCAAGCUCAAUACACCAAUCCCACCUCUGCUCAUCCUACUCACCACGACCGCGUCAAGGACACAAAUAAAUUCGCCCUACUGCCCCGGCGUGUCGUUCUUCUCAUCAGGGGCAUCGACGUAGUCCUGGACCGUAUGGAACGGACCCUUGGAUAG